AUGAAACACUUCCUGAGGAUGUUUGUCCAGUUAUGCCUGUACUUCUACUGCAAGUGCUUGUGGCGCUGCCUGAAAUUUGUGGUCAGGAAACUAACGGGUCGAUGUGAAUUGCAAAGGAUCUGUUACAAUACCAAACCUGGAGCUGCCAGAACUAUGAAAAUAGAGGCAUCACUGAAAGGUUCAAAAAGUAAGCGGCUGCAAACUUCAGUAAGUGUUCAUCCUGAUGCUAUUGAAAAAACUAUAGAUGACAUCAUGGAGCUGAAAAGGAUUAAUUCAGAUAUAAAUCCACAGCUGGGAGUAUCUCUUCAGGCAUGCCUGCUGCAGAUUGUAGGGUACAGAAAUCUGAUUGCAGAGGUUGAAAAGCUGCGCAGAGAGCCGUAUGAUUCAGAGAAUCCACAACAUGAGGAAAUGCUUCUCAAGUUGUGGAAAUGUUUGAAGCCCAAUUCGCCACUGAAAGCUCGGAUUUCGAAGCAAUGGUGUGAAAUUGGUUUCCAAGGUGACGAUCCUAAAACAGACUUUAGAGGGAUGGGUCUCCUGGGCUUACAUAACUUGGCGUAUUUUGCCGAAUGGGACACUGAGAUAGCUCAGCAAGUUCUCUCUGACUCUCUUCAGCCUAAAUACAGGGAAGUCACUAAGAAGGAAAUAAGCCAAUUCAGCAAAGCCGAAUGGGAGAAGAAAAAAUUUGAUAAGGCAAUUGGCUAUUCUUUUGCCAUUGUGGGCAUUAACAUAACAGACCUUGCUUACAACCUGCUUGUGAGUGGAGCUCUGAAGACCCAUUUUUACAACGUUGCUCCAGAAGCACCAACACUAACUCACUUUCAGCAGACGUUCU